UUUACAUUAAAGCCUAUUUAAUCUAGUAUUAGCUUAGCGAGCAACUUGUAAUGAGCAAGUAAAUAUGACGGAAAUGACAGCUGACCAAAAUAGUGCACGUUUAAGUCUUGACGAAAUCGAAGCGCUGUUUAACGAAAGUGUUCAAGCACUUUUGAAUAUAGCCACAAGAUGUGACAAUUUCUCUCAAAGAAAAAGAAUUCCACCAAGUCCACCACCCAGAACACCAAAACCUAAUAUGGGAAUAAAUUCAAGUGCACAAAAAGUCAUGCCAACAAAAGAAGACGUAGAAGUAAUCCAAAACAACGAUUUGUACACUAAUUUGGGAGCACCAAAUGAUAAUCAUAACGAAGCAGUUCCCAAACCACCAAAAAUAACCAAUAAGUGUGGAUAUAUUAUUAAUGAAUUAAUUACGACCGAAGAAGAUUACAUCUCUAAAUUAGAGUAUGUGUGUACUAAUUACAAGCAGUGGUCGCUUGAUAACAUCGGCGUGUUCAAAACAAGAAACUUGUUCAAAAAUUUUGAUGAAUUGUUUAUGGACAGUGUGGUAUUUCUUCAAGAUUUGAAAUCUCAUCAAUACACUGGUGAUUGUCAAGAUAUCGCAAAACAAUUUAUUAAAAACAGAUCAUUAUUCCAAAAAUACACAACAUACUGUCGUAAUCAACAGUCUGCGGAAACGGCUUAUCAGAACUCCCGAGAUAAGAUUCUUGAACGCGAAAUUGCACUCGAUGACAAAUUGGGCCUGCACACGGGGCUCCUACGGCCGGUGCAACGACUCGCCAAGUACGAGAUGCUCCUAAAGGAGCUGCAACGCGCCCAAGAAGAAGAAAAACCUAUCCUCGACGAAGCGCUCUCGCUCAUACAGGAUGUCUCCCAAAAGAGCAAUAACGUCGUCGAACUGGAACACCUCCUGGACCCGAAAAAAUAUCAGGCAAACUUACGAAGGAGUAAUUCGUUCCAGGUUGCACACAAGGUUUAAAAUUAGACUUUAUAGUUACAAAAAAAGUAUUUUAUUUUUAUACACACUAACCUAUAUAUCUAUUAUUAAGAUUAUUAUCGAUUGUAUUUUAUAAAUAUCAAUAAAGAUAUUUGGAGUUAA